UAACUAGACAAUUAAAUCAUGCUAAAGAUGGUCUGAAACUUGCCCAGAGAAGCUGGACCGGAAAUGGCCGAGAGAAGUAAUCAGUUUGGACAAAUAGUAAAAUGGGAAAACUAAUCGGACGGUCACUAUCAACUUUAGCAUCAUCAUCAUCAUCCUUUUCAGAUAUUCACAACACGAUCAAACAAUUGGUUUUGAAGGGAAAAUAUGAUCAAGCCCUUGAGCUUUACAGUGCAAAAGUUCACUGCUUUUCCGACUCCCAUGCAAAUACCACCUUCCUUCUUCCUUCAAUCAUUAAGGCUUGUGCUCAUUCGAAAACCCAUCAAUUCUUGGGCCUUCAGCUUCAUUGCUACGUCCUUAUAAAUGGGUAUUAUUCAGAAUCCACAGUAUCCAAUUCUCUUAUAUCAAUGUAUGCAAAAUUCUCCGAUACAAAAGCUGCAUACCAACUGUUUGAUACAAUGCCGAAGAGAGAUACCAUCUCCUGGAAUUCCAUGAUAAAUUGCUAUUAUCAAAAUGGGUAUUUAUUUCAGUCAUUCGAGUUGUUUAAGGAGAUGUAUGCUCAGGGUUUUGCGCCAAAGCCUGAGUUGAUCGCUUGCAUUUUAUCUGCAUGUGUUGAGACCAAGAAUUUGAGACUAGGAAGAGCUAUCCAUGCUCUUACAAUAGUUGAUGAAAGAAUAGAAAAUUCAAUUUUCUUUCUAACUGCAUUGGUAGACUUCUAUUCGAAAUGUCAUGAGCCGGAUUCGGCUUACCAUGUUUUUCAGAGAAUGGAAGUGAGAAACGAGGUAUCAUGGACUGCAAUGCUAUCUGGAUACAUAGCUGAGGAGUUGUACAUCGAAGCACUUGAAUUAUUUUGCGAAAUGCAGGUGGAAAAUGUUAAACCAAAUAGAGUUACAUUGACUAGUAUAUUACCAGCUUGUGCUGAGUUGGGUGCAGAAAAGUAUGGAAAAGAGGUUCAUGGUUAUGCAUUUCGCCAUGGGUUCGACUCGGAUUCUCAAUUUUCAUCUGCUAUUGUACACAUGUAUUCUCAAUGUGGGGAAGCAUUGUGGGGUAUAAAGAAGAUAUUCGAUCGUUCAACUAAAAAAGAUGUGGUAUUGUGGACUGCUAUCAUAACGAACUAUUCUCGAAGUAAAUCUACUUUUCAAGAAGCUAUAAAGCUUUUCAGUGAGAUGCAGCUGAGUGGAAUUCGACCGAAUGAUGUUACUUUAUUGGCAGUAAUCUCUGCUUGUACUAAUCUGUUAUCAGUAUGCCAUGGGAGGGGACUGCAUGGUUAUGUUUUUAGAAGUGGUCUUAGCUCACAGUUGUUCAUUGGUAACUCCCUCAUAAAUAUGUACUCAAAAUGUGGUUUUCUUAAGGACUCCGCUCAAGUUUUCCAAGAGAUGGCUAUAAGAGAUUCUGCAUCAUGGAGUGCGCUAAUCAGUGCUUAUGGGACUCAUGGUUUUGGAGAUAAAGCUGUGGAACUUUUUCAUGAGAUGAAAGAGAGUGGGAUAAAGAUUGAUUCCAUUGCAUUGCUUGCAGUUUUAUCAGCUUGUAAUCACUGUGGUCUUUUUGAGGAUGGAAAGAAGCUCUUUGAUGAAGCGUCAAAGGAUAAGAGCUUCUCAAUGACUGUGGAGCUCUAUGCUUGCUACAUCGAUCUCCUCGGAAGGGCAGGUAAGCUAGAAGAUGCUAGUGAAGUCAUUAGCAGAAUGCCUAUGAAACCUAGCAACAGAAUUUGGAGUUCCCUGAUUGCUUCUUGUAAAUUACAUGGAAGACUGGAAGUUGCUGAACAUUUGGCUCAUAGACUCACCAACUCUGAACCCGGAAAUGCUGCUAAUUUUGCUUUAUUAAGCUUGGUAUAUGCUGAAUCAGAAAAUUGGCCUGGAGUGGAAGAUGUAAGGCGAGAAAUGAAAGAAAGAAAGCUGAGAAAAACUACGGGUUCAGCAAAAUUGAGCUAGAUGACUAGAUAUUUUAAUCCUUCUGUGCACCCAACGGCAUUCGAUGGAAGGGAAGAAUAGUGACUAGAUAUUUUAAUCCUUUGUGCCAUGACAUUCAAUGGAAGGGAAGAAUAGUGAGAAAUGGCUAAAUUCUAGUACUAGGCCCAUGACACACAUCUCAGAAUUGCGUCUAUACAAAGAGUACAGGUCAAUCCUUAUACCAAAUCUAGAGUGAGUUUGUCAAAAACACUUCAGAUGACUCCCCUACUGGUUCCACAAGAGAAGUGCAGGAAUGGACAGAUAUGAGGGUCAGGUGGCUAAAGGGGAAAAUAGAUGAUACAAUAGAAAAGGCCAAGCCCAAGCCAAAAUCAGCUCGGAGGAGACUUCCGCUACCACCUAUGGUCAUGAGGAUCUGGAUAGUUAGAAGAAGCCAUGUUCCUUCAUCAUUAUUGAUUAAUUACAUUGUCUGAGCAACGAUAAAGUUGUCUUCGUGUGACCUGUAAGUCACAAGUUCGACCCGUGGAAGCAACCACUAAUGCUUGUAUUAUGGUAGACUGUCUACAUCAUAUACCCUUUGGGGUACGACCCUUUCGUGGACCCAACGUGGGAUGCCUUGUGACUGCUCCUUUAUAGCUUAUUACUGGUUUGGUUCUCACCGUAGUAUAAAUACAGCUUAUCACAUCACUGUGUUGUAAGUUCACUAGUUAUGUGAAAUUUACUUCUUUAUUUAACAUAU